CACACAUACACACGAACGGGGAUUCUUGGUGCGGGGUGGGCACUGGAAUUGUGUGAAUAUUAGGACUCGUCAUCGGCAAUUUCCCAAAAAUCAUUUGAGAUGAAAACACAUGUAAAAUUUUCAAGUUUAUUUCAUGCAGGUAGUUUUCGAAUUCUAGCAGGCUGUUAAAAUAUGUGGAUGUGAACAUGACUGUGUGUUGAUAUUUAAGUAGUUUGAACAUCUAUGUGUCGUAAUAAAAACAUAAACUACUUUGUAAUCUCCGGCGAAUUCUGCACAGAAUGACGUGUUUAAAGACACUUGAUGUUGAUUACCUCGUACUAGAGCAUUUGACUGGCUUCGAAAAUUAUAAGUACAGUGCAUUGGAUACGAGUCCUUUGAGCAUAUACGUUCUUCACCCGUUUUGGAAUUGGGUGGUUCAGUUCUGCCCGAGGUGGGUGGCGCCCAACCUGCUCACCUUCUCUGGGUUCCUCUUCACGGUCCUCAACUUCCUCAUCUUCUCGUACUACGACUAUGACUUCUACGCGUCGAGCCCGUCGCACCCGGAGGUGCCGGCCAUCCCCGGCUGGGUGUGGCUGCUGGCCGCUGUCAACGUGUUCCUCGCCUACACCCUGGAUGGCAUCGACGGCAAGCAGGCGCGCCGCACCCAGACGAGCGGCCCGCUGGGCGAGCUGUUCGACCACGGGCUGGACUCGUGGACGGCCGUGCUCAUCCCGGUGUGCGUGUACUCCGUGUUUGGGCGUGGCCAGCACUCCAUCUCUGCCCUGCGCUUCUACUUCUGCCUGUGGAACGUGUUCGUCAACUUCUACCUGUCGCACUGGGAGAAGUACAACACGGGGGUGCUGUUCCUGCCGUGGGGCUACGAUGCGUCCAUGGUGGCUACCAUAAUCAUCUUCCUCAUCACGUCUGUAUGCGGGCACGAAGUGUGGAGGUUCACGCUGCCAGGAAACAUUUCUGCUGGCGUGAUGUUCGAGUUGACAUUCUACUUCUGCGCGCUGGCCUCCAACCUACCCAUGUGCCUGUGGAAUGUGUACAAGUCGUAUCGGGACAAGACGGGCAAGAUGCGGUCCUUCUCGGAGGCCAACCGGCCGCUGGUGCCAGUGCUGGUGUUCCUCGCUCUGGGGACGCUCUGGGUCACGCGUUCACCAUUCAGCGUCGUGGAGAUGGACCCUCGCUGUGUCUACCUGGCCACCGGCACCAUCUUCUCCAACAUAUGCUGCCGCCUGAUAGUGUCGCAGAUGUCGGGCACGCGGUGCGAGGCGUUCAACUGGCUGCUGAUCCCGGCGACCGCCGCCGUCGCGGCGUCGCUGCUGCUGCCGACCGGCGCGGGCGCGGAGAUGUCUCUCCUGUACGGCCUGACGGCGCUGGCCCUCGUCGCGCACGUGCACUACGGCUCCUGCGUGGUUCGGCAGAUGUGCAGGCAUUUCAACAUAUAUUGUUUCAAGAUUCGGCGACAUGACGAAUGACUACUUGCCGACAACACGUGUUAACAGAAAUCUGUUGAGAGAGAACAUUAUGUCACAUUGAGGAACCGAACAGUGUCAUUUCAUAAUCAUACCAUCAUUUUUACAGUUAAGAAAUUAUUGCUACUGUGAUUGGUAGCAUGCUUUGUAGUAACACUACCAGGUAACGUGAGUAGUAGUGCGUUGAUGCAAGUUACAAUCAAUUUACAAUUCUGACCACUUAUAAUCCAUAUUUAAAUUUAGAUUGUUUCUUCUGAUGAUUGUCUUUCAUAAUUGGUAGUCUUAAUACCACAUUGGUAUUAGACUACAUAAUUGAUAAAGCCAUAUGAGCGCACUACUGAAAAAAUAGAGAAAACUUGAGGCUCGCUGAUUUACUUACUGUACAUUUGUUGAUGAAAUUUAAUGAACUUUUUUUUUAUAUUAGUUUUCCUCCAAAGUAAUCCAGUGUUGAACAGUAGGAAAAUUUUACCAAAAUUCAGUUGCAAGGGGGCAUUUUUCUAAUUCACAUCUCUUUGAUCAUAUAACCCCAGGAAUAACAACCACUUGAAAUAACUAUAUUUUUUUGGGAAACCAUGACAAACCUGGUUAAAAGGGUACAAAAGGAAAUGGAAAUUUUCUAUAAAGUAAUGCUGGUGCAUUUACUUUGGUUGCCUUAUGUAGCUAUUCGCUUCAUAAUGCUGUACUUCAUGCAGAAGUGUGUUUUAUUUCCAAGUUUGCUGGCCAGUAGAUUAGUGUAGUAUUUUGUUCUAAAUUAUCUACUAAGCCAUAUAAAUAAAUAAUCUCACUGGGUGCGCAGGAGUAGGUGUUUAUUUAUUGAAACAGUUAAUACAUUAUUAAAGUCGUUUACAAGUGUGUUUAUUUUAAAUAUUUAUGAAUUAACUAAUCAAAAGUCUUUGACUUAUUGGCGGUUUAUCCUUCACGUAGUAGAAUUGUAAUCAGGAAUAUCACAUUCUUCAUCGUGGCUAGGAUCAUGGCGGCUGCAAUUAAUAUACGUGUGCCGUGUGAGAUUACUUAUGGAAGUAUGCGCCGCAUAAUUGGGAACUUUAUUUGGGUCUAAACUCGACAAUAGCCUAUGUAGAUGUUCUUUUCGUGGUGGCUGAUGCCACACGAGUGGAUAGCGCAACCAGCCCGGGCAUCGAAGGGCGUGGCCUUGCAUUCGCUUUCUACAUUGCCACUCCUAUGUCCCGGAUUCGUGAGACUGAGUACUGGAAUAGUAUUGUAACAUUGUAGCAAAAAUACUAUGUUUUGAACAAGUAAAUACACCAAAAAUGGAUCAGUGUGCACCCUUUAAAACAUAAGUGGCUGUAAUUUUUUUUUCCUCAAGAUAUCUGCUUAAUGAUAAUUAAUACUUCAAUAAAAUAAUGCGUCAUUUUCAUUAUUUAGUUUCGGAUUUGUGGUUUCGUUAAUUAUUAUCCAAAACUCAGUAAAUACCCCUUUAAAAUAACGACUGUGUCUCGAAGUUGUAGAAUCAAAAGCCGACUGUUAACGUAUUGUCAGACAUUAAAUUUCUAAGCAAUUUAAUUCUUUUGAGAUGAGUUAAGGUAUUGAAUUGCAGUUGUGUACAGUAAAAUCUCAUUACAACGUACUUGGAAAAAAAAAAAAAAAAAAAAAUUAUUUUUUUUGGUACUUAAUAAUGAAAGUACUUUGUACUGAACUGUUACUAUAUGUAAAACAACUUGUUGGGACCUGAAAGUAUAUACUUUAAAGUGAGAAAUCCUUUAUAUUGAGGUAUUUUAUAAUAAGGUUUAACUGUACUGAACAAAAUAUGUUUUCUUAAAUAUCGCAUUCUUGAAUAUCGCAUGUGUGAAUUCACUUUUAAUUAGCAUAUUAGGUCUGUGUUGCAAAGUUGAAGCUAGGCGAAAGUGCAUCGAAAGAUAUGUGAGUCAAAGGAUUCAGUAAUCAAGCAAAACUUAUUUAUCCACAGCAAAGGUAAGUAUCUUAUUAUCAAAAAUUUUUAAUAAUAUUUUUUACGUUGGAUAAUUUUUUUAUAUGGUAGGUAAUGACUCUGACCCAUGAAAGAUUCUGUGAAUACAUUAAAAGUUUGUGGUCUCAUUCAAAUAUUAUACAUAGGCACAGACAAAAAUCCAAGUACUUCACAAUGCUUGCACCAAAGUUCUACAGUGUAGAAAGAAUAUUAUUUAUGUGGGUAUGCAUUCAUGUUCAUUUGAGUAGAACAGUGUGUGCCUGUGCAGAGCUGACUGUUCCAGCAUUAUUUACAACCAGGUAAAAUUGUAAAAUGCAAGAAAAAGUAAGUUAAUUAAAUGAUACUAUGCUUUAAGCUUUCCAGAAGCGUAAAUUUUUCCCUUAAUUUCGAAUUUUUUUUUUUUCAGAGGCCCAGAAAACUGUUUUGUUUUUGCGUUCACAUUUCUGCAGAUGCCAGCCUAUGAGUGCUUUUGAAAUUUUCCAUUUUUAACUUGAUGUUAGUUGCCUGGUGUUGUCGCUAUCAUUGUGUGUAUCUCGUGAGUUCACAACUUGCACGAUAACGUUCAGUGUGGAGCGCACGUUGCAUUCAGGAAGAGCUGUGACAGCUUUGUGAAGAUGAUUACUGUAUGUACUUGGUUAUUGUGUAGAGACAUUAACAGUUGAGCACCCUUGCACCCUCACAUCACACGUUUGAUCAAGUGGUAAUUGCAUUUUUCUGGUCGUAACAAACAUUUGUGUUCCUUGUAAUAAUAAUAAUAGUAAUAUAUUGUUAAAAGCAACCAUAUGUAUGUGGUGUUCUGGAUGAUUUAUUUUUAAUGUUCUCUCGGUUUUUUGUACACGUGUUGUUCCUCGGACGAUUUAUGAAAAAAACAACUUGUGUUUUAUUUAACUGAAUAUCUGUACUUUUUUAUGUUACAAGCAAAACAGAGUUUGCUAAAUGUUUUAUGUGUGUUCUGUAUGUCACCCCAAUAUAUUAGUUUGUUUUCGCAUAGAUUUAUGUUUCUAUUUAGAGCAUGAUGUGUGAAUCCACAUCAAGAAAAGACCUUUUGAAUAGGUGAGUCAUCAGAGCGUGAAAUGUGCUGAGUCAGUGUACCUCUGUGGUUUGUUAAAACCAGUGAAUUUGCAAAACGAACUUAGAAGCAUGAAAUCGGGAAAGUUACCACGAGAAGAGAGGGACAGAUCUUUAUGUUGCUUGCAGUUAUGAUAUGUCAAUAACUUCUCAAUUGUUAGCUAGUUGUUCAAGGUUUUUCUAAACAGAUUUUGUACGUGUCAAAUAUUUAGGAUGACAGUCGGAAUCUUGUCUUAAGUAUAAGAGUAUAACUUCCAUUCUCUCUGAUAGUGGCGGGUCCAUUCCAGUAUUUGUCGAUUCUGAUUCCGUUGCCGAUUCUGCUGAUGUACUUUUGUUUGAUUCUCGAUUAUUCUUAGAGUGUAUUCAGGGUAUAUGAAUGUAAGUUUAUUAAUGCCUAUUAAAUUUAAAAACCAAAAAAUAUAUGUUUUGUUAUGUACUUUUAAAUGUUAAGUUGUGAUUGCGGAUAUUUUUAAGGAGUCCGGAGGAUGUAAAAUAUUGUAAACACUACAUCUGAGAAUACCCAGUAGGGACAUGUAUAAUCUGAAGCUCAACAUUAAUAUUAGAUAUCUAGCAUGUUCGAGCUACUAUAAAUUCUUAUGUAUGGUAGGUUAUUCAGUUAUUUUAAUUCAUUGUGAUCUGUGUUCACAGUCACUUUAAUUUUGUCAUUGUCUCAUCACAUAGUUUUUACGGAAUUGUUGGUUUUCUUUUCAGGCAAUAUUUUUAUAUUGGCAACUGAUGGCUUAUAAUUAUGAUUCUUCAAUUCAGUUUCUCACUAAAAGAAUCGGCGAUAUCAAAGAAUCGACUUGACCCUACACUACUUUCCAAGUCGUGUUUUGUUUUUUAGUUGUUUAUUUUGUUCAUUUUAGGAAUACUUGUUUCACAGGUAUUAUUUAUUAACAAAUGUUGGGCAUGUAUUUUGCUGUAUUUAUUGUGGAAUUAAGAUUACUCUCAGCUUCAAACAUCUACUUAAAUUUUGUAAUGUUGUUAUAAAUUGAUUUCAUGGUUGCCUUUGUGUGAUGUAACUUGCAAACACUAGGAUUUGUGUUUUUAACACUUUUUAUACUAUAUGAUGAAAAUUGUUUAAAAAAACUGUUGUUCACCAUAAUAACCAAGCUAGAAUUGUGUUGCUUCAGAAAUAUUUAAACAUUGCACUUAAGAAUGUAUAGUUUCUAAAGUAUAUAGAAGAUAUGUAAUUGUGUUGUGUUGACUCUCAUAAUUGAGACACUUGUAAACUUUGAGCAAAUGUUUAUUUUGAAACAUUUUAAUUUGAAUUAUUAUACAUAAAGACCUCAACACACAUUUUACUAAUGAACAUUUUUUAAAACGGACACUAUAUUUUGAUGCCAAUAAUUUGGUUAACGGACGUCAAAUUCGUUAUUGCAAAUAUUUCCGUGUCACAACUUAAGAAUAGGCAGAGUUGUUAUUUCUUGAAUAGCCUGUAUAUACACUUAAAUCCAAGUGCUGGACUGCGUACACACUUGAAUAAUUCUUGCAUACUUGCAUAAUGGUUGUCAAAAUAUGACCACUGUUUUUAAAGUGUGCCUGCAUAUCUUUUUUCCCAAAUAUGUAAAAAAGGAAGGCAGGUGCGAUGCUAAUGUUAAGAUGCGCGUGGCAACUUACCACCAAAAUGCAAGUUAUAUCAUGGAAUUAAGUAGCAUUUAACCAAUACUUAAUUCAAAUCAUAAUAAAAAGUAAUCUUUUUAAUGUUUUAGAAAUUCAAGGAAAGUCAUUUCUGGACCAAAAAAAGAUUGUACCAAAAAACAUGGAUCAGAAGAAUUAAUUUAAUUCAAUUUAUUUUUCAUCUCUCUUAUAAAACACAAAUGUUCUCUGAUUUAUUUUUAUUCUGAAUAUAUCUGAUUUAGAUCAUUAUAUUACAAAUUAUUUUAUCAUAAAAAUUCAGCAUAUUAAUUUUACCACUAUUUUGGUAAAGAAUUACAAAACAGUUUUUAUAAAAGAAAGAACAAUAAUACAUAAAUUUUGUGUUUUGAAAAACAAAAUUGGACUAAAAGUAAAAUCAUAAAAUCUUGUCUCUAAUUAUGCUACGUUGUGUUCAGUGAAAUCUUACAUGUGCGGGUUUAAUUCUAGGUAGCUUGUAUGAAUGGCUAGGAUUAUGAGUUUUCCGCGAUCGCGGAAUAUUUCGCAGAAUUACAAGAGUCCCGCAUAAUCGCAGAAUCACCGAUUUUGCUGUACCUUUUUUGUCCAUUUUGAGUGAAGUAAUAAUGCGUGCAAGGGUUAUGGUCUCCCAAAUAAUAUCUUAAUUAUUAUGGGCAGAGUGAAUAAUUUCCAAACAUUGUAUAAAACAUACGUUCUCAUAUAAUUAAUGCGGCAAUGCCGUUAAAAAAAACAAGUUUGAAUUACCGACAUAUCACGUACGGCAAAAUAAAUUUCGUUUGCAGAGAAUCCAAAGAUAAGAUUAUAAGAUGAGUAGCACAUUGAGCGAGCGAUCCUACCGGCAUUUAUGAAACGACUGUAGUCACAGUCUAUGGAAAUAUGUGCGCAUCAAUCGACUAAUCGAUCGAUACAAGGCUUCGAAUACGAAAGAAUGACCUUAUGGCCGUUGGUGCAAGAUGUAGGCCACACAGCAUAUUAAAAAAUAUAAAUAUAUAGAUAUAUCUUGAUCCACUAAAGUAAAUGAAAAUGUCUUUGAAUAAAUACGUUUUUAAAGAAGCCAGCGGGGGAAAAUCGCAUGUGGGAAACAAGUCUGCAGCAGAUAGAGCUAAGGAUUUUCCAGGUGUGUUACACAGUGAUGGUGGUAAAAUUUUUUGCUCCAUUUGCAAUGUGUUAUUGGACUAUAAACAGCUCUCCACGAUGCUGAAAGUUCAGUUUCUGUAAAACAGCUAUUCAAAAUUGUUUUUGUUAGCUCGUUAGAAAAACUGGCUUCUUUAGGUUGUAUAUACAUGUUUCAAACGUGAUAAACUAUUUUAAUAAAUUGCAGAACUUUACAUUUCUUGUUGCAGAAUUUCUUGUUUUCUAUCGCAGAAUUUGUGUUUCACUAUCGCAUAAUUUUGGCCUUUGGUGUGCAGAAAACUCCUAACCCUAUGAAUGGCUAUGCAAGGAUACCUUGUAAUGGGGAGUUCAUUCAAAACACAUUUCAUAUUUUUCAUUGUCUUCACUAAUGACAAAGAGGCAAGAUUAUUUGGUUUUAGAUUUAGGACAUUGCCAUUUUUAACGUUAGUGAAGAUUUUUAUAUUUUGGUUUAAUAUUAUUGUUAAUGCUGUAUAUAUUUAAAGAAGUGCUUAAGUACAUAUGUAAUUCUGUAAGUGUGUAAUAAGGUCUACGAAUAAAUCAGGAGUGUGCAGAUUUUGAAUGUAGAAAUGGCGAUAGCUGUGAAAUCACCUUGUUUGCAUUUACUUUCUUAGUGGUGUGUUUUUGAAAUAAAAAAACCACAGUCUGUGUUAGCCAACUGGUAGAGACCUGAAAAAAUUGCAAAUGCUAUAACACUUAUAAUAAUGCUGAUUUCAGUAUUUUCACAUGGAAAUGGUUAAUUUCAGCAUUUUAGAUUGAAAACAGUUAUGGAUGCAUGAUCAUGAAAUUUUCUUUAAUUCCUUCUUUAUGUUAUAUAGCAAUGUUAAAAAUGUAUCUUAAUAAUAAUUAUAAUAUAUAUUUACAUUAUUUAUAAUGUACUGGUGUUAUUAUUUGUAGGCACUACAGUUAUUUUGAUUUUAUUGUUUUACUGCCAUCUUUAACAACAUUGGCACGUUGGGUCUACUUUUUUUUUAAUAUAUAGUAAAAAUUCUCGUAGAUGAAAAAAAUUUUGAUGUAAUUAUGUGCAAUUUUCAAUUUCUUGAGGAAAUUGAUUUGUUAUAUUUAUAUAACAUUGAUAAAAUUUGUACUUAUUUUUUUAACUUUGCCUUCACAUUUUGGUUGAAGAAAUCUACUUGCUAAAACAUUUUGUGACUUUAUGUUCCUCGCUCUGUUUUGUUGGUCACACUCAAAGGGAAAAAAUUAUUCUUAGCAAAAAAUUAAUAAUGAAAAUUAUGUUGAAGUACAGUGUGAAAAACAUAUUUGUUAACAAAUAAUAAAAUUAGUUUUUAAACCUUCCUAUAUGCAUAGUUUUAUAGUUACUGUUUUGAUAAGAAAGAUAUUGCCAACAUUUGUGGACUUUAAAUCGUAACUUCAAAAUAAUAAAUCCCUUUGAAGCAGUUAACAGGUGAUUUAUGAAUUGUAUCCAUUCUAGUUGGAACUGGUGCAAACUGACUUCUGGGUAAAUUUUAUCAUAUACAUCUCGCAACAAAAUAUUGUCGUGAUUACCACUAAAAACCACAGUUGUUACGUCACAGCUAAAAAAAAUUCAACCCCUUUUUUUUUGUGGAAAAUGUCACCUAUUUUUGAGAAAAAGAAAACCUAUUUUCUGAAGAAAUUACAUUUACUUUUUCAGGUCUCUAACAAAUGUAACGGUAUAACCAACAAAUUUUUUUUAUUGUAAAAUUGUGUAUUAAGUGCAUUUGCACAUACAAAUCAGGUUAUCAAUACAAAUGAAUAAAAAAAACUUUUGGUUUGCAUAAUGUUAGAUAUUUAAUUAUUUUUUAAGUUCUUUAUUUGGGUGGUAUGCAGUAUAUUUCCAUUGUUUGUAACUUCGUGAAUUUUUUUUUUCUUUCACCCCUUCUCUCCCUUCCCCCUCCUUCAUUUUUCCUAACCCUUAUUCUUCUUUCUAUUUGCCAAAAUGUCUUGCCUCUUUCAUGUACCUUAACCACCUUUCAAAACUUAAUUAUUUAUUUUUAAUUCAACGUAUUUAGUAUUGUAGCGCAUGGUAAUUUACCAUUUCUCGUAACCUGCAUUUAACUACAUUCACAUUACAUUCCAAUUUCACAUCUGAAAGAAUGCAAGCAUUUAUUACAUGUGUUUUGUUAAAUGAAGUGCACUUUUAACUGUAAUAAAACAACAGUAACUCUAAAUACAGUGCAUUGACAGCAUCAUAAGCUUAAUUAAUCUGCAUUUUUUUUUUACUCUUGACUGUGACCACCUUACCAUGUUGGGAGAUUUGUUCCACUGUUUUCCAAAAUACAAGGGAAGUAGUUUUCAAUAUUUAAGAAAAAUUCAUUAAGAGUUAAGUUUGUAUUACUAUUUGGUUAGUAACCUUUUGAUCAGUUGUUUAUCGCUCUGUUGCUAAUGUGGUGUGUUUCAGUUCAUUGUCAACAUUGUCAAUGUUUGUUUUUUCUUAAGGUCUUUAAUCAAAGAAACUUGCUUAUGUGUUAAUACAUACUUAAUACAGCAUUCAGUUGUAAAAGCUUUUGUUGUUUUGUGUAUUUUUAUUGCCUAAUUGUGACUUUAAAAAAAAUACUAGAAGACUGUUUCUUUAGAGGCCGGGUCAUUCCACGCCAAAUCAUCCAGGCCAUGAACCCACCAGUCUCAGAAUUUGAUGAAACUUGGUGUAAUUUGUCUAUGUACGUAUCAUUUUAUGAACACACAUAAAUUUUUAUAACAUUUAAUCUAACCGUUUCUGAGCUACAGGCACUUAGCUGGGCCUGCUUGUAGUAAAAUGUGUAUUUCCUGAAAACACCCAGACUGACAGUUUUUCUCAUUUUUUUUCCUCGUAAUCACAAUUAUGCACCGAUUUAGCGGAAACGUUUGUAGUCUACUAAGAAUUCAAUGCAGAUCCUGUUGGAGUAUUGCAAUUAGUGUUUUAAUAUCACCAUCAUAGUCAAAAUUUACUUCAAAGUUAAGAAAAAUAAUUUUUUGAUAAUUUUACAGGCAGUAUGAAAAUCCUCUACAACUUUUUUCUGUCACAAGAUAACCUCACUAAUCCAUACACCAUUGCAAAGAGGAGACAAUUUUCUACAAGAUGUUGGAAAAAAACUCGUGGGCUUUUGAGUUUCCAUUUCUUUGAUGAGGUUCAACCCUCAACUUUUACAAUUUUUUGGUACUUUGAAACUAUAAUUUCAAAUUCAGUCCUAAAACAUUGGCACAACUGCUACAUUUAAUUUUUUCACUUAUAUUUAACAAAACUUAAUAAUGAAUCAAUUAUUUUAAUAUGCUCACUUGUGUAAUUGCCAAGAGAAAAUUACAAUUAAAAUCAAUGCAAAUUCACACCACUACAUGUGUGAGGACAGUACUAACAACAACACAACAAGAUCUGUGAAUCAAUCAGGAAGUUUCAAAGGAUUACAAUUUAGGUUAUUAUCUAUGUGUGUCUCAAUUUAAUAGAUUAUUCAUCAGAAAACAAUGUAGUUCCUUAAAACAAUUAUUUAAAAUUAUUUAUUGUAAGGUGAUUAUUUUUAUGAAAGGUAAAUGCUGUAGGAUAAAUUUACAUCAUGAAACUGAUACACACAUUUAAUGUAAUUAUUUUUACUGUUUAUUCUAAAAUGUCAAACAGAAGAGAAUAUACAUAAUUACAGACAAACAAGCAGGAACAAUUUCUUGGCUAUUGCUUCAUUUGUAACCUUAUACAUUUGAGAUGUGUCAGAGCUGCAGUUUGCUGAAACAUGAUAUUUGAAUGUAGGCCAUAUCAGGUCUGAACAAGUCUAUGAAUGAUGACUAAAGACCUGAAAAAAUAUAGGUUAUUUUUUCUCAAAAGGGGUGUUUAUUUUUCACAAAAUUUGCAACAAAAAGCGAGGUUAUUUUGUUUUAAUGUGCACUUUUAUUUCACCUGCGGAAAGCAAACACAUAAACCAGUGAUUAGAGGGGUGGGACAGUUCGCACAGUAACAAUCCAAAUAUCUGUGGAGAGGAAGGGAGAAGACUCGGAAUAGCUACAUUACAGCUCCUCACCCCCCCCCCCCCCUUUUUUUUUCUGAUCAUUUUGAAGGAAAUUCUGAAUUGUAAUCCCAUAGGGUGUCAUGUCACGCCGAAGACAUUUCAAAGGCAGUAUAAACACCGCAGUUUUGAGGCACAGUGUGCAGUUUUUCAACUAAGCUGUUCCUACUCUCCCUGAUAAUUUAAAAGAAAAACAACAGCGGUCAAAACGGGCAUAAGUAGCGCAGUUUCAAGGCAUGGCGACGUGUACUUUUUCAACUAAGCUGUUCCUACCCUCACUACUGAUGACAAUGGAGGAAGAGAUGUGCAGGUUUCUACCUGCACAAUUUAUUUCAGUCUGCAGUUUAGUGAUGAGUGUGUCAAGUCAACUAGCAUAGUGCUGUAUUGUGUAUGACUGCACUUAUGUUCUUUAUUAUAAUUUGUCUUGUGGAAAGUGCAUCAGUAACACUAUGGUUUAUAUAGUGUAAACAUUAUUUUAAAUAUUAUACAUUCUCUAAACUUCAUUGGUUUUGUGUGAUAACAAUGGCAGCUGGAACUAAUUGUGUGCCGUUAAAGUGUACAGUGGGAGUUUCUUUAACAUCUUGCUGUGAUAGUACUACGUAUACAAUGAAGAAAGCUUUAAUAAAUAUUUCAGAUUUGCCAUAAGAGCAACAAGAACUUUUGCAGUGGUGAACAGGUUUAAUUUUUCAAGAAACUGAUGAAAUAUGCUGCCAUCAUCUGUGUUCAUUUCUAACAUGCUUUGAAAACAAUCAGAAAGCCUGCUGUGAUAUUUUUAACACACAUUCGACUCCUAUUAGAAACAAGAAAAACUUACGAAAGAUUUCCUUUACAAAAGCGAAGGAUUUGGAAAAAAGUAAAGGCAUCCACUUAAUCCCUGGCCAUUUACUAUGUUGUAGUAAUUGUAGAAAAGCAUUAACUGAAGAAGCUGAGGCAAAAGAAGAGAGCAGGGAAAUAUCAGAAACAGAACAGGAAGAUGAGGACUUAACAAUUGGCUUCAAGGUUAGUGCAAAAGGAUAAACUUAAUGAAUCCUUAUAAGUACUGGAUGUAACACCCAUAAAACUUAAAUCAGUUCCUUCACAUUCAAAAUCACUGUACAUUGCAAGAAAGGUAAAGCAAGUAAGCACUUGCUUACUGGAAAAACUGGAACAUGUAAUGCAGGAAAAAGAGGGAUACAAGGGUUUAAUUUUUGAUAAAACAUGCCACACAGUUUCAGAACAGAUUAGGAAAAGUUCUGAAGAUCUUGAAAAGUUGAUUAACUUCAUGGAGGAGAAAUUAGGAACUAAUUUGAGUAAUAGGGAAAAAAUUCAAAUAUUGACAAUUGCACCAUCAUCAUGGUCACGUAAGGAUGUAGCAGAAAAAAUUCCAUGUUUCUGAAUACAUGGUGAGAAAAGCACGUAUACUGGCUGAGAAAAAAGGAAUUUUCGCAAUCCCUGAACCAAAGGAAGGAAGAAAAAUUACUCUAGAACUCACCACUUCCGUGGAAAAUUUCUAUCAAGAUGAUGAGUAUUCAUAUAUUCUUCCUGGUGCAAAAGACAAAAUUAGUAUUACAAAGAAAAUAUACAAACAGAAAAGACUUAUCUUAUGUAACCUUGAUGAGUUGUACAACACAUUCAAACAAAAAAUCCAGAUACGUAUGAAGAUAGGUUUUCUAAAUUUUGCACGCUUUGACCCAAGCUGUGUGUUUUAGCUGGGUCACCAGGCACCCAUGUUGUAUGGGUGUGUACAAUACACCCAAAUAUGGAGCUUCUUGCUAUUGCUAUGAAACUUCAUCCCAAGGAGGAUGUACAUGCUAUGAUGGACAUGGUUGUAUGUAGCAGAAGUAGGAGGGAAUGUAUGCUAAGGCAAUGUGACAGAUGUCGAGACAAAAAUAAUUUAACUACAUAUUUGAAAGAAAUUUUUGAAGCAUAUGAUGAUGACGAUGAAGUUAAAUAUUCUCAGUGGGUUAGUGAUGGCCAUAUGAAACUCCUAAAUAUUAUGAUCUCUCUUAACGAGUUCAUUGACCUUACAAUCAAAAAGUUAGAUGCUCUCAUUCCUCAUUCUUUCAUUUCAAAAAGUCAGACUACUUAAUGUAAAGCACAGAAAAGAAAAUCUUGGUUGUGAUGAAGCUUUAAUUUUCGUUGACUUUGCAGAAAAUUAUAAUUUUGCAUUACAAAAUGAGGUCCAGUCAUAUCAUUGGAACCAUUUAAGCUGCACUCUCCAUCCAGUAGUUAUUUACUCAAAAAAAUGAAGAUCAAAACCUUAAAGAAACAUCAUUAUGUUUUCUCUCAGAUGACCUCAAUCAUGAUGUUUCAUUUGUCUACACUGUUCAAGAAAAAGUUGCUCGAUUCGUAAAACGUAGGCUACCUUCAGUGUAAUUUGUCGAGUACAUUACAGACGGUUGCAGUGCCCAGUACAAAAACUUUAAAAGUAUGAUUAAUUUGUGCUGUCAUCUUGAAGAUUUUGGGUUUGAAGCAUGUUGGACAUUUCAUGCUACAAGUCAUGGAAAAACAGCAUGUGAUGGAAUAAAGGGUUCUGUGAAGAGGACAGUUACAAGAAGAAAUCUGCAAAGUCUACAAAAUGACCAAAUAACAACUGUUGAGCAUAUGUUUAACUUUUGCAGGAGUUAGUUCUCAAGAAUUUCUUUCUUUUUCCUUGGUGAAGAAUAAAUCAACAGAUGCAGAGUAUUUCUUGAAAAAUGCUUUGCAACUGGGAAAACAAUUACUGGAACGAGGAGCUUUCAUUAUUUCAAACCAGUAUCAGCAAAUGAAAUAAUAGCAAAGAAAACAAGUCUGGACUCAGAAAUUUCCCUCAGAUACAAAAUAUUCACAGCAGAUAAUCCAGUGACCACCGAGGAGUUGCCAAAACUUCAGUGUUAUGUUGCUUGUGUUUAUGAACUAAAAUGUUGGAUUGGUGUAGUUCAAGAGAUAAAUGAAGAGGAAGGAGAUUAUAACAUUCAAUUCAUGCAUCCUCAUGGACCUAGUAAAACAUUUUUCUGGCCAGAAAAAAUGGACAAAUGUUAUGUAUGCCCUGAACACAUCUUGUGUGUGAUUGAACCUCCGGAAAACACUUCAAUGCAAGGACGACUCUACACACUCAAUUUUUCCACCAGAAGAAAAUUAAUGUUAAGUGGGAAUCACUGAAGUCCUCAAAAUUGUAAAAGAGUGAGUUAUAAUGAAUAAUUAUGUUUCAACUAUUUUUAAUCUAAAAGAGUUUCAGCAAUCACAAAGUUACUAAUUAAUAAUUUUAUACACGUGUGUAUCUAAAUCCAAACAUUACAAUGCUUGUACAUAAUGAUUAAAUGGAAUUAUCGUCAUGUAAAUUUCAAGUUCUAUAUAAUAUUAAUAACGUAACUUCUAAGCCUUUGAAACUUCCUGAUUCAUUCACAGGUCUUGUUGUUUUGUUGUUAGUACUGUCAUCACACAUGUAGUGGUGUAAAGUUGUAUAUGUAUAAAGAUUUUAACUGUAAUUUUCUCUUGGCAAUUACACAAGUGAGCCUAUUAAAAUGAUUUAUUCAUUGUUAAGUUUUGUUAAAUAUAAGUGUAAAAAUUAAACGUAGCAGUUGUGUCAAUAUUUUAGAACUGAAUUUGAAAUUAUAGUUUCAAAGUACCAAAAAACUGUAAAAGUUGAGGGUUGAACCUCAUCAAAGAAAUGGAAACUCAAAAGCCCACUAGUUUUUUUCCACCAGCUUGUAGAAAAUUGUCUCCUCUUAGCAAUGGUGUAUGGUUUAGUGAGGUUAUCUUGUGACAGAAAAAAGUUGUAGAGGAUUUUCAUACUGCCUGUAAAAUUAUCAAAAAAUUAUUUUUCUUAACUCUGAAGUAAAUUUUGACUAUGAUGGUGAUAUUAAAACACUAAUUGCAAUACAUCAACAGGAUAUGCAUUGAAUUCUUAGUAGACUACAAAAUUUUCAGCUAAAUCGGUGCACAAUUGUGAUUACGAGGAAUAAAAAUGAGAAAAACUGUCAGUCUGGGUGGUUUCAGGAAAUACAUAUUUUACUACAAGCAGGCCCAGCUUCAAGUGCCUGUAGCUCAGAAACGGUUAGACUAAAUGUUAUAAAAAUUAAUGUGUGUUCAUAAAAUGAUACAUAGAUAAACUACACCAAGUUUCAUCAAAUUCUGAGGCGGGUGGGUUACAAAUAAUAUUUUUGCUGGAUGAUUUGGCAUGGAAUGACCCGGCCGUCUUGUAAUGUACGUAUAAAUGUUUCCAUCCGCAUGAACAGUGACCGUGGCAAGCCAUCUGCACGUGUUAAUAUCUUUUCAUUUCGUUUAUGUGGUAAAGAAGUUUUAAGUUAUUUUAGGCAGAGUGGCAAAACAUUCAGACUAUAGAAAAGUAUAACUUUUUUAAGACUUUUUUCAGGAAUAAAUAGUUUCUACUUAAUAAUUAAUUGACAUGCCUGUGCAAAUAUUCAAAAAUUUAAUUUGAUGUCAUAUAUUUAUGCUCCAUAACAAUAAAUAGGUACCGGUACUCAAUUGUUUUCAGAUGUAGGGAAACUGGUGUACAUUGCACAGAGUUUGUGCUAGUUCUACUCAUUAUACACCACUUGUAAUAAUUAGCUGUAGUUUUUUGUAAACACAUGCACAGUUCAGAUGGCAGGACAAACUGGAAAGUUGAAAAAGAGCGUACAAUAAAUAUUUUACAAUCAAUGCAAAAAACAUUAAAAAAAACCUAAAGCAUACAGCUUUCAAAGUUGGGUUUCAGAAUUUACUGCCAUUAACAUAAAAACAAGCUUUGUUGUAACAUGAAAGCAAGUACGUAUAUGUUAUUGUUACAAUACUUGAAAUGGAAAAUUCUCACUAUCAGGGGGGGGGGGGGGGGGGGGAAUAUCACUUGUAAUUAAUAUUCAAGAAUAUUUUCAUAUUGGUAUUCAAAUUCAUUUUGUAAUUUUGUAUUAACUAAGUGAUUUUUCAUAGGCCUAGUUUCAGUCGUCAUGUUCUAUCUCUCGAUUCGUAAUUUUUGAGCUUUAUCAAUCAGUAUCAUCCUGCUUAUUCUGUGUGAUAUCAAAAAUUACUUAAUAACUUCAUCCUUUCAGAAAUUUUUGCUGUUUGAUAAUCGAAAACAUUUCUGAUAAUUUCAAGUAUGUUGAUAUAUUUGCUGAGAACCUGGGUUGGCAGUGGAAGAAAAUUGUUUAAUGGUUAUUUAUUGGUCUUCUUGUGAUGACAUUAUUUGUGCUUUACUGCUGGAAAUUUGCUUUAAGGUAACUUUUGUUAAUGUGCAGUUUUUUUUAUGUUGCUAAAAAAAACACUUAAUGUAAUUUCUUAUAUAUUAUCAUAGAUGUCUAUGUAAAAAAAUUUCCAUGACUAUUUUAAUGAAUAAAUUGUGAAUGCCACCUUA